CAGUGUGGUUCCUGAGACGCCACAGCGAAACCGGAUACGGAGAAGAAGCAGAACGUCACUUUUUGCCCAGGAGCUCCAGCUGAUGGUGACACAUCUUUUUUAGAGUCUAUGCUCCUCCUCAAAACCCCUGAAGAAGAAGAGAGCAGCCGUGAAAUCUCCCAGCUCCGUCAGGCAGUGUUGCAAAACGAUGACAGACUCCUUGACGAGAUGCUCUGCCAAGAAAUCUACAAGAGAGUCAUCAACUGCAGAGGAGGCUGGGGCAUCGCGGGCACGCCGCUGCGCACGGCGGCGUCCAAGGGCCACCUCCGAUGCCUGCAGGUGCUGCUGGCCCACGGCGCGGACGUAGACUGCGUGGACGUCAAGGCCCAGACGCCGCUCUUCACGGCCGUCUGCGGGAAAUACCUGGACUGCGUCUUGGCGCUCCUCAGGGCCGGCGCCAACCCCAACGGCCACUCGGCCAACAACUGCUCCCCCGUCCUCACGGCGGCUCGAGAGGGCGACGUGGAGAUCCUGAAGGAACUGCUCAGACACGGCGCCGAGGUCAACUCCCGCUCCAAGGUCUUGCUGUGGACCUCGGGCGCCAGCGUGUCCAGCGGCCCGCUCUACCUCGCCGCCGUUUACGGACACAUGGAGUGUUUCAAAGUGCUGCUCCUGUUCGGGGCCGACCCGGAUUACAACUGCACAGACGCCAAGCUGCUGAGCUCCAUCAAACAGCCCAAAACGGUGCUGGAGAUGUGUCUGAGGCACGGCUGCGGCGUGGAGUACAUCCAGCUCCUGAUCGACUUCGGUGCCAACGUCUACCUCCCCACGCUGAUCAUCGAGAAGUCCACCAAGCAGAACGAGGCCGUGGAGCUGCUGCUGCGCGAAAGAGGAAACCCGAAGGCCUUGACGUCACAGUGCCGGCUCGCCAUCCGAGGCUACCUGAGAAAGAUCAACAAGAUCCACUGCAUCGAGCAGCUGGAGAUGCCGUCCAGCCUCAUCAGCUUCCUGCAGUACAAACCGGUUCCAGUCACGGUUGUGUAGCUUAGCAAACUGCAGUAAAGUGACGCAAAAAAAACACAAUGUGACAUGUUUGUUUUUUUGUCUGCCAACGUUCUUGUUUUACGCCUGUGGAUUGUAGAGCAACCACUUUUUUUUCCCUUUUUUUUUAUACAUCAUGUUUCUUCUCGUCAUGUGCUAAUUCAACUUUUAAGUUUAAUACAUGUGUAAUUAUGUAGUGUGCUUACAGUGAUACAGUGACUGUGCAUUUAUUUUUUACAAUGUGACAUAAAAAAGCAAGUUAUCACCACCUGAAUUGCACAGUUUGGCAUCGUGUUGUUUUGUUGAAGCUGUGAGGUUUGAUGAGGUGCAGGUCGUUCAGCGGGGAACGUUUCCCUCGAGGUGUCGGACACGGAAAACUCGCCUCAGCAAGAACUUUCUGUGCACCGACAGCUUUCAUGCAGAUUACACCUUUAUUGAAUAAAGUCUUCUUUGCAUCGAGGUCGGAGUUUUGCCCGUAGCACAGCCGGUCACAUGGAAACUGUAGAAGAAAAGCUGCAUUAUUUGUCACAUGUUGAUCACAACCAGGAGGUGUAGUUUUCUCCCUUUCUUGCUUCACCCUCUUAAAAACAACAUGCACCGAUUCUUAUAUAUGUCAGCAGCGUGAACCAUGAAGCAAAGCAGGAGAAACUAAAAGAUGUUCCACCGCUUCAUUCAUGUGAAAAUGGAUCUGAUGUCGAUGUCAAGACAAGUCGUUUGUUAUUUUUACUUCACUACAAAAGGUGUUCAGCUCCUCCAGAAGCCACAGGAGCAUCGCAGCUCCUCCGACUUUCAAAUACUUGAAAAACUUUGACAUUUUCCCCAGUAAUGACACAGUGUAGGUGUUCACUCCUUUAAUUAACAUCUGAAUAAAGGUCUAUCUCUAUCUACAUCUAUAGAUAGAGAUAAAUACAGAUGUAUAGAUAAAGAUAUGUGGUGUGGAAAAGCUUGAUUCAGAUUAAUUUUGCAAGAAAAAAAUGCACAAAUCUCACAAAUUCAA